CAAUCAGUAUGAGGGGGAGGAUAACUGUUGAAAGACACUUAAAGGCGUGCUGUAUUAUUUAAACACCUUUCUCCACACGACAUCACAGUACUACUCUGAGGAAUUUGCUGCAAAUUUGUGAUCUGGUAAUCCCAGGGACGUGCCAAAAUGAGUGACAACAACCCAGUCAACGAGGAAGUUCAGAACUUCGAUAAGAAGUGUCUAAAGAAGACCACCACAGCUGAAAAGAAUACCCUUCCCACCAAGGAGGAUAUCGAGCAGGAGAAGCGAGCGGAGGCCUCCAAAUGAGACAACGGAACUCCCGAGUCCAGUCGCCCCGCCUCUACCCGUCUCCUCCCAAGCCAUUACCCCUGUGAAUUGCUACUGCUUCUCCUCCAGUCAUCUGUGCAUCCAAAUAAAAUGUGGGUCAUUUAGAUGCUGCAGGGACAGGAGUAGUAUGGGGUGGGGGGAGGGAGGGGAGGGUAUGUGCAGGUGCGGUGACAGGUGUGGGGAAGUGGUCCCAUUUUAAUGUCGAUUUCAGUCACGUACACAGUGAUUCUUUCUUAAUUCAUUCCGGAAAAGAGGAGGAAGCUAAUGGCAGGUAGGGAGGCUGACGGUGCACAAAGCAGUUGUGCCAAUCAGAGCGACACCAACUGUGUCAGGCCAUGUGCCAUUCUGGAUGCGUUUCCUGAAACAUUUGUCAGAUUUUCUGUGUUUUCUUUUUUUUAUUUGAAAUAAAGAUGUUUUAAAAAGGAA